AUGAAAGACAGCAGUAAGAAAAGUCCCAAAACAACUGCCUAUCAAUUAUCCAAACAACUUGAAGAAUUAAACAUUAUAGCAAGUGAAAAGGCUGUCAGGCAAACUUUACACACUAAAAAUACUUAUGGUAGGAAGGCUGUAAGGAAGCCAUUAAUUUCUGAAAAAAAUAGGAAAAAAAGAUAUUUUGGUGUCAUGCAAGAAAAAAUUGGAAUAAAAUUAUAUUCAGUGAUGAGAAUAGUAUUAGUUGAAGGUAAAUUAAAUGCAAGUAAUUAUAAUAACCUUCUUGCAGCAAAUUUAUUACCUUUUAUUAACAAAUUAAGUGCAGAAGAUCAGUGUAAUCAUGGUGAUGGUGUAUUUAUCUUUCAAGAAGAUAAUGCACCAUGA